UGUGUGUAAUCUUUAUAUAGGUCUAACCCUCCUGAAUGGGAACGCAAACCCUUUUUUUGUUGUUGCUUAAACACAAUCACAAUUAUUGCACUUUUGUGACGGUCCCUAAACCACGGAGCGCAAGAAAACAGUAUAUUGCCUCCUUUUUGGCUCUGUAAGGGAAGAUUUCGACUACCGGUAAAAACAAAAGAUGUACCUUGCUCGCUACCAUAAUCUGAUUCUAGAUAUAUCACUCUCAUCAUCCUAGGACCUGUCGGAGAGCUAUUGACGAGCAAACUCUGAAUAAAACAAAUGUACUGCUGUCUAUUGAAGACGGAGGACUGUUUCGACCUUUCUUUUCCCAAAUAAUGUUUAACUAAUACUUCAAAAAUACUUUAAAAAAAAUAGUGUUUACUUAGAGUUAAAAGAACUGUGGACUUUGACCCGUGUCAGAACAGCAGCAGCAACAUUCACAGGAAACAAAACAGCUGCGAGGACAAUCUUUGUGGAGUUGCAAAUUGGUUUGUUGUCGCUGUCCAUGGUGCUGAUGUUCCAGGAAUGGUGGAGACGCUAAGUAUCGCCGUUAUCGGAGCUCCCGGAGUCGGGAAAACUUCCAUAAUCCGUCAAUUUAUUUAUAAUGACUUCUCAGAGGUUUACACUCCAACCAGAGACAGGUAUGUGUACAGACCCUCUGUCAUUUUGAACGGUAACAUGUACGACCUGAAGAUUUUGGAUGUCCCGCCAAUUUCAUCGUUCCCCUCCAGCUCGAGCCAGGAGUGGCUGGACCUGCGUUGCAGAGGGGUGCGUAAUGCCAAUGCUUACAUCCUGGUCUAUGACAUAUGCUGUGUGGAGAGCUUUGAGUAUGUGAAGAUGAUCCGCCAGCAGAUCGUGGAGCACAGAGAGGGCAGCAGCAGUGAGGUUCCCAUCCUGGUAGUGGGAAGUAAGAGGGACCUGCAGCGCCAGCGCUUCACCCCUCGCAGGGCCGUCUCUGUACUCGUCAAGAAGACCUGGAAGUGUGGCUAUGUGGAGUGCUCUGCCAAGUUCAACUGGCACGUGGUCCUGCUCUUCAAAGAGCUGCUGGGCAUCGCUGUGGCACGCGGCAUGAAACAUAACCACACCCCUGGGAUCCGCCUACAAGGGGCGCUGCAGAGGAACCGCUGCGCCGUCAUGUGACCCAGUGGACUCCCCCCGGUGUAGGUUGAAGUUGCCCCUAGGCGUUAAUUUUGGGUCAGUUUCACUUUUCCCCCAGUAAUGGCUAAGGUUAGGGUUGAGAAAGGGGAACAUGAUCCUAGAUCUGUACCUAGGGGAAACUUCACCCCGGAACAGUUCCUCCCCACAUAUGUCAGAGCCAUAAGAGCCUCACAGUCACACCUCAGGGGGAAUAAUAGGUAUAUGGAGAAGAUGACUUCAAUGUAAACGGCUGGAAAACACACUGAGGCCUCCUGCUUUACAGAGCUGAUUUUCUUAUGAGGUUUAUGUGACUCCUGCGCUGUAGCUACUAGGACUGACCUUUGGCCCAGUAUAACAAGUAUAUCUUUAUCACCUAUCAGAACACUCCAGUUCUGUCUCAAUGUUCCUAUUGAGAGAAAGGAAGAACAGGAAGAGGAUGAAGAAGAGGGUUUGUUAAUGGAUUUAGAGAAGUAGAGCAGCUACUUUACUUCCACAGCUCUGGUCAAAGUUACACACACAAUUAUCACCACCAGGUGUGGUACUGAGCUCCCCAGAUCACAAGGCAACAGCUCCUCAUACUGAUGGUUAUCUGCUGCUUUGAGAGCUUGGGGACUGUGUGCAUCUAGUGGGAAUAGGUACCAUUACUAACAUGACUGGAUAUUUUCUCUCCAUAUUAGCUUAUACAUGUGAAGGAAUGCAACUUCUUUAAAAGUCUUCCCUUUUCAAACCGUGUGUGGUAGUGUCAUGUGAGGUAGAUAAAUGCCCUCCCUGGCUGUCGUACUUGAAAUUGCUUUAUUCUAAUGGCGAUAGAUGUAGAGUUGGAAAGCCUAGGUUAGAGGGGGAGUGUGGUAACUGGUAAACAUAGGUGAGUCAACAAGAUGGAUGGCCUACUCUUGGUUUACCACAUGCACAUCCUACGUGCAGAAUAAUACGAAAUGCUCUGAGGCCAGGUUAAGUGGUACUGUGGCAGGACCAGAAACCCUUCUUCAGACAAUAUAGUCCUCCAAAACGCACCCACUAAGCAGUUAACCAUUUGAUGUCUUGCAGGUCACUUUUUUCAAGAAUGAAACAAACAUUCACUAAUCCCAGGAGGCUGCUGAGGGGAGGACGGCUCAUAAUAAUGGCUGGAAUGGAGUCAAUGGAAUGUUAUUAAACAUAUUGUCACUGAUUGUGAUUGUUAUGAAAUUGUAGUACUGUCAUCCCCUCUUCUGAUUUAAAGUAUAUUGUUUAGAGGAGGAUGUGAGGUUCUCUUGCAGCAAAAAACACCGCAGUCGUUAAUCCGCUACCUCCCUCCCUCCCUCCCUCUCCUCGUCCUCUAUCUGUGUGUUUCUGAUGAAUACAUUAUAUCCACGGUGCUCUGGGGCCUACAAGGCGCUCUGGGGCAACCUGAAGAGGCAGUGGUGUAGACAUUAAAUGUGAGGCGGGGAUAGUGGGCAGGGGGUGUGGUUUUGGAGAAUACGUGAGAUGAUUUUGAAAUGCUUGUCAUGUCAUGCACAGGUUGAUGGGCAGGGAUAGUGAAACAGAAAUGCAAUGGAAGAAGAAAAGAGUGAGCUAGUGACUUUGUUGUGGGGAGCAAUAAGCUGCAGAGCACCUUGACCAGCCUGACAAGCUGUCUCCAACCACAGACAUCCUGCGUUAUACUAGAACACCUCGCAUAGAAUGUAUAAAACCUCCCUCCUCUUGGAUAUACCCAGACCACACACAAGGUAGGAAACACCCAUAGCAUACUAUGUAUUGGCAUCCUACCACUCAAACACGCAUAAUAAUUUCUGGAAAUUUCAAAGCAAUGUCUGAAUUGUGCAAUAUAUUUUGAAUGUUUGAGAAUGUGGUAAAAAUGUGUCCUAUGAUUACAGACACCCUGUGACAAUGUUUGCACUGAAAAUGAGUACCUGUACUGCAUAUACGUACGUGCAUCAUUGAUUUGCAUGCUUCUGCUGCCAAGCUAGCAGGUCAGGGUUUAAUUGCACUGGUGUGAUUAUGUAUAGCUGUAAUUUAUUUACCUGUGUGUACGCUAUAUAUACAAAAGUAUGUGGACAUCGCUUCAAAUUAGUGGAUUUGGCUAUUUCAGCCAAACCCAUUACUGACAGGUGUA